AUGUCAUCUCGCCGCAUUGCAGUCAUCGAAGCCUGGUUCACCAGCCCCUCUCAAGCCGGCAAGCACCGUGGCUACUCGGCGUCCGACGUUGCGCUUCACCGUGACGCCGGCGAGCUUACCGUUGACAAUACCAUGGCGAGGCGGCUGCGGCAUCUUCUGGCGGAGCACACCAAAGCUGGUACUUGUAUCACAUCGCUUGGUGUGGUCGACUCGACGUCUUUGCAUGCAGCGACAGAAGAGGGCCUUGUCUGCGCAUACGUCUCGGGCGCGGCGCUGAGUUUUGCGGACGUGGGGCGGACCGACCCCAGCGCAGACCUAUCCGACUAUCUCCCUUCUGCUGUGGCGGACAAGGUCAACAGCAUGUAUCGUGCUCAACUCGCUCGGGACCGCUUGAACCGAGGCUUGGCUCAAAGGGGGUUCAAGUGUACCGACCCCAUGAUCCCCCUGAUUGCGGAUUGUGAUUCUGGCUAUGGUCUCCACACGUCGGUAAUGAAAGCGGUCAAGCUUCUCGUUGAAGCUGGUACUGCUGGUCUGCACAUAGACGAUAUGCUAUCCGGCUCGAAGCGGUUCGACAAAGUUGAUGGAGUCGGCGGGGUACUGGUGCCGCUCUCGGAGCACAAACGGCGGUUGGUCGCUGCUCAGCUUCAGCUGGAUAUCAUGGGGUCCGAAUGCGUUCUCAUCAACCGUACCGACGCCAUCCACUCUACGCAUAUCACCUCGACUAUCGAUCCCGCAGAUCGCGCCUUCAUCCUCGGCUCUCCUAUCCCAAGCCUCCCCAGUUACGCUUCCCUCCGCACUUCCGCCGAGCGUACUGCUUGGCGCGCCGCAGCUCAGCUCUGCAGCAUCGAUGAAGCGACAGCGCGAGCGGCCGAAGCCGCGGGCGACCUCGAUCUCCUGCAGAAGUACAACGCUCAGGUUGGCUCCCUCUGCGCCGGUGACGCCAAGCGCCUCGCUCUCCGUCUCGGCAUCAAGGUCGAGUGGGACUGCGACAUUGCACGGACAUACCAAGGCUGGUACCCUUAUCGCGGGUGUAUCGAGUCGUCUCUCGACCGCAUGAAGCGGACAUCUCACCUCUUUGACGUCGUCUGGUACUGUGCCAUCUCGUACCUCGCAUCCGAGGCAGAGUUCUUCGCGAAGGAGCUCCAAGCGGCGUCUCCCGGCAAGUGGAUGAUGUUUAAUACUACCCAGGCUAGCAGGGCACGCGUCAAGGAUAUCCCGCCUGCUGAGCUCGAGCGCAUACCUCAUACACUCGGCCGGCUCGGCUACUCGCUCAACAUCAUGCCCCUCGCCGGACAGGUCAUUCACGCGCUAGGGAGUGCUCGAGGUAGCAAGGCGGUCCUGCAGGGUGGUCUUGCUGCUUUCAUUGAGGAGAUCGCGGGGCCGGCCGAGGACGAAGCGGAGGGGAGACCUUUGGUGGCGCAAUGGCAUCCGAACUUUGGAAGUAUCGCGGACUCGGUCAUGGAUAUCAUAGGGACCGGGGAGUAG